AUGUCCCGUAAUUUGUAUAAUUAUUCGUAUUGUUUGAUAACGAUACACUUUCACCCCACUGCCUUGAUUCGAGUUGCGCGAACACAAAUCAAUGACACUCCGUUGGGCACGGUCUUAGCGAGAGCUGGUUUUACCACUGUGUAUAAUAAGAGGAAAAUGGUUGAUACACUAAGUGCUGAAGAGCGUGAUGGGCUUCUAAAGCCCUUAAUUCAGGAUGGAUGGAAGAUUCAAAGCAACCGUGAUGCAAUAGAAAAGGAAUUUAAUUUCAAGGACUUCAAUGAAGCAUUUGGUUUUAUGACAAGGGUGGCAUUGUUGGCAGAAAAAAUGGAUCAUCACCCAGAAUGGUUUAAUGUGUACAAUAAAGUAAAGGUUACAUUAUCAUCGCAUGAUGUAAAUGGACUUAGUAAGAGAGAUGUUCGAAUGGCCACAUUUAUGGACAAACUAGUUAAA